CGCACAGCAUGCCAUAAAACAUGAAUAAGCAAAAGGUUCUCUUCCUUAUAAGCUAAGAAACGUGCCUGAGGUAUAAUGAUCUGAAUAGGAUAAAAAUUAAGGAUAAAUAAUUGUGUGUAGAAAUUGGUACUUUUAGAAAAACGAUGAGAUUUAAGAUGCUAAUGAGUUCACUUUCCUUACUGGUUAAACCUUUUCGACAUAGUGUUUUCUACAAAUGGUUACUUUAGGAGAAUUCUUAACCAUACAAGGAAUGUUUAUGUUCCUCAAAGGAGCGUAAGGGUGGAAAAAAUCUUUCAUGUUUGUUGAUAGCAUAAUGAAGCAAAAAAAAAAAACCUACAUCUACCUUUAAGUAUUAUUUAAUUUCCACAACAUUAGAAACUUCUGAACCAAGAAAAUUCAAUGACCGUAAAGCAUCAAAGGAAAAUAUUCUUUUCUUUCACGAGCUGCAAUGUGGCUAUUUGGCUGAUGAAACCUGCCAGGUGUACACAUGGGGUUUUAUUUUAGAUAGACAAACUUUAUUUGUGUCCCCAGUGUUUGCUUUUGCAAAGGUUCCAACUCCCAGUUUGUAGUUUGCAUACAGACGGUUGCACCUGUGUAAUCAAAGACAGGCAAAAGUACAACUAAUUUCAAUAUGAGCCUCAUUUCAUUCAUGGCCUGCACCUUCAGAGAAGCAAAGAUGACAGAAAUGGAGAUAUCAUAUUGGAUGAGCAGAGAGAGUGGAGAAAAGGAAGAAGACUAAAACAUAGGUAGGGAUAGAUAGACAGAAGGUCUGGAAAUGUUACACUCUGAAAUUCCCUUGUCCUUCGUGCUGGCCCUCCCCCCUCACUAAGCCUGCCUCAAGGCAGAGUUAUUGUUCCUGCCUAUCAGUGUCAUUUCGACAGGGCGUGAGGAAAGUAAGGGAAGGUGAGAGUGGAGAUGAGGCAGUCACCAUGCAGCGAGAGGGCAGUGCACUUCUGUUCCACCUGUAGCACCACUGACUCCAGACUUGAGAAUGCGAACACUCUCUAGAAGCAACUAAGGAAAGUAAAAACAAGACGGGAACACAAACAGACUUGUUCUGCGUACUUUGCUGAAGCUGCUCAGCUGGUCGAGCGUACACCGUUACAGGAUCUCGCCGUUCUGCACGUACACAGGACCAUAAAUCUAAGCCAAUCAGACAUAAGGGAGGUGUGAAUGAUAGGAUGUACCUGUAAGAUGGACAUGGGAGCGACUGUGUGGCACACCCAGAUGACAGUGGAUGCUGACGUGGAGAAAGGUCCUGAGCUGCAGUGCUCCAUCUGCUUCACCAUGUAUGACAAUAUCUUCAAAACGCCCAAACAGCUGGAUUGCACGCAUACGUUCUGUCUGGAGUGCCUCUCACGCCUCGUGGCCAUCUCCAUGGCCCCUCAGGAGAGUAAAAUCUCAUGUCCCUUCUGCCGACACCUUACGGCCAUCCCUAAAAACGGCCCGCCGGCUCUGACCACCAGUCGCGAGGUUCUGUGUCGUCUUCCCAGGCACCAGCAGAAUGAGGAGCCCGUGUGGCUCGAGGGGGACAAGCUGUGCUACAAGCGGCCCCUUAAGACAGGCAUGCCAGCUUUCUGCAUCUGCAUUGACAUUGGUGCCAGUGGGCAUGGUGCAGGAGCUCCGCCUCAGACGGGGUUCAGGGCGAGCCUGUUGGAAAGACUCACUAACUGGAAGAAGCUUCUGCUGUUUAUUGUAAUCAUGGUGCUGGUGGUGGUGAUUGUGUUGUGGCCGCUGCAGUGUAUCAUCACCACGGGAUCGAUGCGGUGCGUGCCUCGCACCCCACAGCCCAACACCAGCACCACUGCUCCGCGCACAAUGAGACACCCAUAACUGACGCACAAACAAACUGUUGAUCUCACCCUCCUGAGAACUGUACACUCAGCGAUGAUGGGCAAGACACAAAAUAAACAUUAUUAUUAUUAUUAUUAGAAACUGAGAGUGGGCUUGAAGCCUGAAUCCAAAAACAUCUGUGUGACAUCUCGAAUCAGAGACUCAUUAGUGUUCUUUUUAGCUGAAAACACUGUCGUAUAUGCUGGCCAUUCAUUCAGUCAUUUUCAUCAGCCACUUUAUCUUGGUCAGGAUUGUGGUGGAUACUGAGCCUAUCCCUGGAACACUGAACACGACGUGGGAAUACUGGAUGGUAUGCUAGUCCAUUGCCAGCGCCACACACACACACACACACACACACACACACACACACACACACACACACACACACACACACA